AUUAAUUUUGCCAGGGCCUAUCCCUUUCUUUUUGUAUCUAUGAUCUGAGGUAUAGUAUGUGUUGAGGUCGAGGAUGUGUAGCUCACUGCACAUGCACAGGCACAGGCACAAGUACAAGAAAAAGGGGAUUCUGUUCUUAUCCUGCAUCUUGGCUAUUCUAGUCUGGAACAAUAAAGAGAGGCUAGACAUUUUCCACAAGAGCGUCAUUCAGCUUGAUCUGGCAGUUGACGGAAAGAACAUGACAAAAUCAACAGAAGUGGAACCUGAAACAACUACUACAAGUUACAAUGGGCCUGUCACUGAAUCUAUUAAAAAGCCACCCAAUAACACGCCACCAAUGGUAGAUUUUGUUGUUCGUUCAGCAUACAUCGACACAAGGGAAAGAAAUGGUCACAAAAACUCUACAGUGAUAUUUGCAGAGACCUCUAAAGAUGUACGCAAGUUUGGGCUAAUCGUAGGCUGUGGUGUGGACACUAUUGAUGCCAAGGAAUACAAAGUUAAGUCUCUUUACUUUCAAUGGUGGAUUUGGGAUUUCGUGGGAUAUCUAACACAUGAAAAUAUAAUGAUUACUUGCUAUGACCUUGAAGCCCAUGAAAAUAGCACGGCUUUCAUUGUUUAUCAUCCAGCUCCAAACUCAACUGAAAUAUCUACAGGCACUGUUAAAAUUACAUACUCACCAAAAAGAAAAUACGGUAAAAACAAAACGGUUGUAUGUACACAAGCCUUUGGUAAACCACCUUGGCUGAAGGAGUGGCUAUUGUAUCAACAAACUAUUGGAGUUGAUCUGGUUCAAAUGUAUGUUGAAGAAACUUUCAUAAGUGACAAUGAAAAUCAAAAAAUUAUCAAAGGCUUUGUUGAAGAGGGUUUCCUUCGAGUGGAUUACUUUAAAACUUAUUUCAAUUCUACACAGAUUUACUACCAUUCUCAAUUUCUACACAACCACGACUGCUUGUAUCGCUACCAAGGAGUAUAUGAAUAUGCACUAUUUUUCGAUACUGAUGACUUCUUUAUCCCUCGCUUGCCAAAUAAAACUUUUAUUCAUUACUAUCUCAACCGAUUCCUACCGAAAGAUAACCAAGCAACAGUUACAUUUCAUUGGUUGAGCCUAUUUCCAGAAUGUGGCCUAACUGAACCGAAAGAAAGUGUUAAAGAUGGCAAUGUAACACAGUUACUCAAAGUCAAACAAUACUGGAACACCAAGAAUUUUAAAUUUGCUUGCAGACCACAUUUGACAACUUUCAUUAAAGUUCACUCUGGUCGUGCCUACACCAAUGGUACUACAUUUGUACCUGUUCCUGAUAGCAACAUUGCAUAUGUGGGACAUUUCAGAAUAGGCAUGCACGAUGCACCAAGCUUUCCCAAAACUGUUACUUGUGACACACUGUUACAUAAAAAACUAUAGCAAUACACUCUUGUACAGUAAUUAAAUAUGUCUGAUGUCAUGAUGUCAUGUGUUACAUACAUAAUUAGUUAAUUGUCAGUUGUAUUCAGUUUUG